UGCAUUCUGCCCAGGAUCAGCCAUGUUUAAGGCGUAUCUUCGAUAGAGCAUUUUAUAGAAAAUACAAAACUAUUAUGGAUCCCCGUUCUAGUGUGCAGGAUGUGCAUCGAUGUGCCCUUUGUGAGACUGCCAUAGUACAUAGCUACUGUGACGUUUGUCAUGUCAACCUCUGCAAGCCCUGUAUAGGAGAACAUAUCUCAGAUGGAUAUCAAAAACAUGCAAUUGUGCCUUUCCAAGAACGAAGAACAACCUUGAUCUACCCGAAAUGUGGAACUCAUGAACAUAAAAAAUGCAAAUUGCUAUGCAAGAAUUGUGCCAACAGUUUCAUUUGUUCUUCUUGUACUGCAUCUGAACAACAUAGAGGCCAUGUAUUUGUAGAAGUCUCGCAUGCUUACAAGACACAAAAAGAAAUGGUUAAGAAGGAUACAGAAGAAUUAGAAAACAAUAUUUCUCCUAUGUAUGAAAAAAUUGCACAUGACGUGGAAAAUCAGCUUGCCAACCUGGAUGGAGGAUAUGAGAAAAUUACAACAACAAUGUCCAAACAAGGAGAGCAAUGGCACAGAGAGAUCGACAUUAUCAUCAACAAAAUGAAAACUAAAAUCAGUAAGAUAAAAGUAAAGCACAGAGAUAUUUUACAGAAACACUUAGAUGAAAUCAAACAGUUACAAUCUCUUAUAAAAGAGACAUUUCUGAUCUUAAUGGAUAUCGAGAAAUCCACUGAAGUAUCUCCAAUUAUUGAAUACAGCUCCAAGAUCAGAGAGUUCAGAAAACUUCCACCCAAAGUUAAGGUAUCACUGCCAACAUUCAUUCCAAAACCUAUAGACCGAAACAAGCUAUAUACCUUUGUUGGAGAGAUCACCCCAUUAGCUACUGUCACAGAAGAAGUUUCAUCUCUUAAUCAAUCCAACACUCCAUUCAGUGGAUUACGGGAUGAACCAGAACUUGUUGCCACAAUGCAGACUAAAUACACAAGUCUAUACAAUGUUUCAUUUUGGGGUAAGGACAAGAUAUGGACAAAUGGAGAUACCAAUGAUAUCAAAUGCUUCAACAUCAAUGGUUCUCUUCUUCAAACAAUUAAGACAAAAUCAGAGAAAUCGCCGAAUGUUAUAGCUGUAGAUAGCGAUGGAAAUCUAUUGUACUCUGACUGGUCAGUAAAGACAGUGAAUAAAGUGAAAAAUGGACAGACAGAGGAGUUGAUCAGAUUACAGGGAUGGAAGCCUUGUAAUCUGUGUGUCACUUCCAAUGGUGAUCUGCUGGUUACCAUGUACAGUAAUGAUAAUACUCAAUCAAAAGUUGUCCGCUACUCUGGAUCUACAGAGAAACAGGCAAUACAAUUCGAUGAUGAAGGUAAACCUUUGUACUCAGGAAAUGGCUAUACAAAAUACAUCACUGAAAACAGAAACCAUGACAUUUGUGUAGCUGAUUAUGUGGCCGGUGCAGUAGUGGUGGUUGAUCAGGGCGGGAAACUCAGAUGGAAGUACACCGGUCAUCCCUCAGUUACCAAGACCAAACCAUUUUUACCCUGGGGUAUCACAACAGACAGGCAGAGUCGUAUCCUGACAUCAGAUUAUAAGAACCAUUGUAUCCAUAUAGUGGACCAGAAUGGACAGUUUCUCCGUUACAUUGAUAACUGUGAUCUGGAGAAUCCUACUGGUUUAUGUGUGGACAAUAAUGACAGUUUGUUUGUGUGUGAGUUAAACAAAGGGAACCACAAAGGGCAUACAUUCCUGGAAGUUUCAGAAGUUUACAAAAUAAAGAAAGAAAUUAUGGGAAAGGAUACAAAAGAAUUAGAAAUCCGUAUAUUCCCUACAUAUGAAGAAAUUGCACGUGACUUGGAAAAUCAGCUUGCAAACCUAGAUGGAGGAUAUGAGAAACUAACAACAACAAUGUCCAAACAAGGAGAGCAAUGGCACAGAGAAAUCGACGCCAUCAUCAACAAAAUGAAAACUGAAAUCAGCGAGAUUAAAGUAAAACAUAGAGAUAUUUUACAAAAGCAUUUAGAUGAAAUUAAACGAAAACAGUCUCUCAUAAAACAAACACUACAGGCCUUAAAAGAAAUGAAAUAUUCCAACGAAGUAUCUCCAACAAUUGAAUACAGCUCUAAAAUCAGAGAAUUUAGCAAGCUUCAACCCAAGGUUCAGGUAUCACUGCCAACAUUCAUUCCGAAACCAAUAGAUCGUGAGAAGCUGUAUAAUUUGUUUGAACAGGUCACUCCAUUGUCUACCGCUACUGAAGAGGAUGUAUUGUCACAAGACCAACCAAGUUCCUCUGGAAAAGAACUAAUGGAUGAACCAGAGCUAAUUUCCACUAUACAGACUGGGUAUAAAACACUACGCAUUGUUUGCUGUCACAAAGAAGAUAGAAUAUGGACAUGUGGAGAUACCAAUGAAAUCAAAUGCUUCAGCGUUGAUGGAUCACUCUUCCAGAGAAUCCAGACAAUAUCAGGAAAAUGGCCCAAUGAUAUAUUUGUAGACAGUGAAGGGGAUCUUUUGUACUCCAAUCGGAUAGCAGGGACAGUGAAUAAAGUAAGGAAUGGAAAGACAGAAGAGUUGAUCAGAUUGCAUGGAUGGGGGCCGUGUAAGGUGUUUGUUACUUUUUCUGAAUAUUUGCUAGUUACCAUGUGCAGUGAUAAUUUAACUCAAUCCAAAGUUGUCCGCUACUCGGGAUCCACUGAGAAACAAACAAUUCAGUUUGAUGAUGAAGGUAAACCUCUGUACUCAGGGAAUACCAAGAUCAAAAACAUAACUGAGAACAGAAACCAUGACAUCUGUGUAGCUGACUAUGGGGCUGGUGCUGUAGUGGUGGUUAAUCAAGGCGGGAGACUCAGAUGGAGAUACACCGGUCAUCCCUCAGUUACAAAGAAGGAAGCAUUUAAACCUUGUGGUAUCUCAACAGACAGUCAGAGUCGCGUACUAACAGCAGACACUGAGAACCAUUGUAUCCACAUUCUGGAUCAUAAUGGACAGUUUCUCCGUUACAUUGAUAACUGUGCUCUGGAGUAUCCUUAUGGUUUAUGUGUGGGCAAUAAUGACAAUCUGUUUGUGUGCGAGUAUUAUAAAGGCAAUGUAAAGAAAAUCAAAUAUCUAAACUAGACAUUCAAGCUGUGACAAAUUAUUGUCUUAUAAAACACUUGUUCGGUAUGUAUUAACAUACUGAACAAGUGUUUAUAAGACCUUUAUUGUAACAACAAGGUUAUAUAUUAUGAUGACACAUGAUUGAUUUACAAUAUGCUCUUUGAUUUAUACAAGGAAAGGAUAAGGACGAUAAUUACAAGAAAAUGUGCAAGAAAGUUAGCACGUUUAGGAACCAUCGACUCGAAACAAUUGAGUUAACUCAAUCGGAAUGGUGCUACAGUCUCGAACGAAAUUCAAUCACUUUAACAUUUGCAAUUGAUUAUACCUUCUUGAACUGGUAUAUAUGAAGUCUCAUCUGCAACAUGUUAUACUUAAAAAGUUUGUAUUAUAAGCAGUUUUUGCACAAUCAGAAUUUGUAUGGCAGAAUAAUAAUGUUAGAUAAAACCAAAGAUAUAUUAAUAGUUAAUAAACAACAUAUUUCAGAAGAAUGAAUUUUAAAUAUACAUUAAUAAUUGUUACUCCUUCAAAAAUGAGACUAGAUUAAUUAUUCAACACAACAUCUGUCGCUAUGCUCAGAGAUCGCGGAAACGUGUGUAACGUUAAUUAGUAGUAUAAACCAUAGUUUAUUUUGAAUAUUGCGUCUAAAAAUGGCAUUGAAUAUUUCAUUUCGAAAAACUAAUGUGAAAUAAAUGUAUGAGGGUGGAAUUCAAAUAAUUAUUUUACUUUCUUAUUUAUUGAAUGUUUACAUGAAAAGAAAAUUAUCAGUGGUAUUGGGGGAUUGAAUCGGGUGCCUUUGGUGUGUAAGCAUGUGACUCAUACCACUAGUCUAAGUCGGAUUUAUCUUUAUAGUAACAUAUUAUCUUUAUUAUAGAAAAUACAUUUAGGUUUUUGGUAAAUUAUUUUGUGAUGUUAGAAAGAAUAGCAUUCUGGAUCAUUCUUGCAUAGCUCACUUUCAUUGUCCAAGAGAAAGACAAGGGAGAAGAUGCAACUUCGUUGUAAAGACACUAAUUUUUAACAUUCACAGUGUGUCCUUGCUUAGGUAUGUGUAUUUGUUAAUUUCUUUGCUAAUUGCAAUGAUAGUGUAUGUGUGUAAACAAAUUUUAUUCUCUUUUUAAUAUUGAGAUAUAGUUUUUGAAUGAGAAAAGAUAAACCUGUACUUACAUGUAUUAGACAAAGAAAACCGGUAAUACUAUAGAUAAAUGAGUAAUAAAGAGUAUUGGGAGUAUAUA